GGUGAAGUCCACGAAGCCCAUAUAAAACCUUCUGUUCAAACUGAAAAGUCAAUAGAACCAGAAGAAAAGAAGCCAGAUGUACUUUCAAUAACGAACCAAGAGCUUAUUGCAAAGUUUGUGAAUUUCAUUGAAAAACAAACCGAGUCAAAGAACCCUGACCCACCAGUGAAAGAAGUUGAGACAAAAGAGAAUGUACAGUUCAUUGAAAAUGUCAAGAAACAACUUCCACCACGAAUGCCAAGAAGAAGAGUGAGAAUAAUGAAGUAA